CAGCAGCAGCAGCAGCGGCAGCAGCAACGACUUGUAGGCAAACAGGAAAUAAGAAAUAAUUGAAUAUUCAAAGUACGUGCGGACCCACACACCAAAGUUGUUCGCACUGGCCGACCCGAACAGGAACAAUAAGAAUUAUAAUAACAAUUAUAAUCACAAGCAGUGGCUGAGGAUGGCCACUGGCAGCAAUGAUAUGCCAGACCAUCGAAAGCGCAACACCUUCACCAGCUACGUGGCGCCCAUGGCUGGGGAUGUGCGCGCCACAGCGGAUACGAACGAGUGGUGCCUGCCCAGCGACCUGCGUGACGUGCACCUGGCCACGCCUCGCAUGCUGAGCGGCGAGCAAAUCGUUGCCUCAGCGCCCGCCUACAUGUAUUCGCCGAUAGCGCCAAUGGAGGGCAGCGGCAACAGCAGCAACAGCAGCAGCAGCACCAGCAACAACUUUAACAACAGCAUCGGCAAUGGGAAUGGCAAUGGCAACAAUAGCAGCAACAGCAGUGCCGGAGGAAGGUACAGCAGAGGUGGCCACAAGGAGGCCACCUUCGGCCUGCUGAGCGUGACCAACUUCAAGCUGGCCUUUGUGCCGCUGCACGGUGGUCAAGGCGCACAGUCGGCACCCUUGGCCAGUGAUCUGUACCAGGGGAAUAACUUUUUGGGUCGCAACGAGGUGACGCUGAACAACAUCGACCAGAUCUAUACGAUUGCCGAGCAGGGCAGAGCGGCGAGUGCGCUCCAGGCGGCGCGCAUGGCGGGCACGAGCAGUCGACGGAAAAAGCUGGAGCCCGCCAAGCAGCACAAUCUCAACGGCCGGAUCGUGGCACUGCACAUCAUAUGCAAGAACUUUCGGCUGCUCAAGUUCGCCUUCCAGCAGCAGGACUCGAAGCUGAGCGGAGCCAGUGACUACGGCAAGCUGAUUGCCUCGGCGCUGGCCCGCUUCGCGUAUCCGAUGCGACACGACCUGAGCUUCGCCUAUUCGUAUCAGGAGCCCUACUACUCCACCCUGGUCGGGGUAAGCAUGUACGCCAGCAAGAACGAUUGGGCACGCGAGCUGAUACGCUGCGGCGCCACUGAGUGGCAGGUGGUCAGCGCCAGCUCCGUGCCUCUGCUCCAGAACCGUCUGCACGCAUCCAAGUACACGCUGCCGCCCCACUUUGUCAUACCCAAGUGCUGUGAGGUGGACCGCUUCCUGCAGUUGUCGUUGGCCUUCUGCGACUCGCGGGCCGCCUUCUGGGUGUACAGCUAUGGCAGCAGCGCCGCCUCGCUGGUGCGCCUGGCCGAGCUGCAGCCGAGCUCGCAGCAGGACACGAAGCUGGAGAACAUUAUGCUGGAGCUGGUGCGCAAGUGCGACGAGCGGAAGCAGUUGAAGCUGAUACAGCUGACCGACCAGCUGCCCAGCACGCAGGACGUGCAGCGGGCGUACCACAAGCUGCGACGCCUCUGCACGCCCGAAACGCCGGAGAAGUUCAUGCUACAGGACGACAAGUAUCUGGCUCUGCUCGAGAAGACCAACUGGCUGCUGUACGUCUCGCUCUGUCUGCGGCAAGCCUCGGAGGCGGCCGCCACGUUGCGCGCCUCCGUUACCUGUGUGCUGCAGGAGUCCAAUGGCCGGGAUUUGUGCUGCGUGAUUAGCAGCUUGACUCAGCUGCUACUCGAUCCGCAUUUCCGCACCAUCGACGGCUUCCAGUCUUUGGUGCAAAAGGAAUGGGUGGCCUUGGAGCAUCCGUUCCAGCGCCGCCUGGGUCAUGUUUAUGUGUCCAACAGCGAGCAGGCUCCGGACAGUGAACAGAGUCCCAUAUUUCUACUCUAUCUCGACUGUGUGUGGCAACUGCUCCAACAAUUUCCGGACGAGUUUGAAUUCUCGCAAACGUAUUUGACGACGCUUUGGGAUGCCUGCUUCAUGCCCAUAUUCGACACCUUCCAGUUUGACAGCCAGGCCCAGCGGGCGCGCGCCGUCAGCGAGGGGCGACUGGUGCUGCGGCCCGUUUGGGACUGGGGCGAGCAGUUCAGCGAAAAGGAUAAGAUGUUCUUCACCAAUCCGCUCUAUCAGCGUCAGCGUGGAGAUUUGGCUGCCGGUCAAAAUUAUCGACGCUCCUUGGCCGUGGGUGGGCAACACAAGCUGCUCUCAACGACUGGAACCGGCGGACCUCUGGCAACAUCCUCUCCAUCGCGCUACACCAUCAAUCCUCAGCUGUUUGCGACGCAGUCCACCGUGCCGCAAGACCGUUACCUGCAGCCUUCGCAUCGCAUACUCGAUCUGUCCGUGUGGGAUCAGUGCUACUAUCGUUGGCUUCCCGUGCUGGACAUACGUGGAGGUGGACAGCCGCAGGUGGAUCUCUUUUAUCGCCUGAUGCUGAGCAAUAUCGCCAAGGCGCAGCGCUGCAUCGAUCUACAGAGCUUCGAGGACCUGCCCGACGCCUUCUACGAAGCGAUGGGUGAGCAGCGACCCAGCCCGCAGUCGCAGCGUGACCAGGAUCAGCGCCAGCAAGAGGAGCCUGUGGAGUAUGUGGACGGUGUGGAGCGACGCCGCAAGCCCGAUCCAGGCGCAGGAGGAGGAGGAUCGACUGCUAAUGGCCUGAAUGUGGUGAAUGGCGGACCACUGCAGCUAUCCACACUCUCAUCAUUCUUUCCAUUCGGCAGCCCCAUUGCUGGCGAUGCGCCCCACGAGCUGUACGACAUUCUCAGCGGUAGCACUGAGCUUUUAUUGGACACCUCUUCCAUUCUGGACAAGUCGUCCAUUGUUUGAGCCGAGUUGCAGCUACAGCUACCGUCUACUCGCUACUUUCUAAUCGUGACUCGUUAUCCGUUGUAACGAAUCGCAGCUACGCAAAAGCUCGCUUUGCGCAAUCCUUGUUCCAAUCUGCUAAUGCUGGUUAUUUAUGAAGAGCUGAACUUUAGAAGUAUUACAAAUCUACUUUUUUAUAUAACUACAAGCACGUAUAUACAUAUAUGUAU